CUUUUUGAGGCACCUGGGAAGUCACUGUCGCACAAUGUGUUGACGAGAAAUUUAUGCGUCCGAGAAGAAAGUCAGGAACCAACUUUGCAAACUAACGUUAGCAGGUCUCGAGCCUUGUGCUGGCAAUGGGGGACAUGAAGACCCCUGAUUUUGAUGAUUUGCUGGCAGCUUUUGACAUUCCUGACAUUGAUGCCAAAGAGGCCAUUCAAUCAAGUCCAGAGGAGGAACGGGAUGAGGUGGGGACUAAUUCAGAUGAUGGAGAGAGUGGGUCUCCAUGCUUUCCCUGCCCUCCUGCCUCACACAGUGACCUCCCCGUGGUCAGUGUUAUUGUGAAGAACACAGUACGAUCUGAGUCUUUGGAAGAGGAGGAGAAGUCUCACAGUGAUGUCACAGUCACAGUGGGUGACCUCGCCUCACAACUUGGUCCAAAAAUGGCUGCUGAUGCCCCCGUGGAGCCACAGAUUGCCAAUGGCUUUGAGGGAUCUGUCCCCAGGAACCAGGGACAGUCCAACACAGAGCCAUGGCACCCUUGUUCACCAUUGGGGUCCACACUGAAUGCUACUGAGAGUAAAAGCGUUAAAGGAGCUGAGGUUGGAUUGGUCCAACACGCGACUGAUGUCAUAACCAGUCCGAAGCCCCUCCCCUACCUCCAGUCUUCGACUAGGGCUGGUCCUAACUCCUCAACUCCCCCUUCCCUACACUCAGUCAGUCCUCACCUUACUUGUCACUCACCUGAGAAGGAGGAAACUUGUCUCUUCAGUAAUCCAUCGUCCUCCCCUUCACCACAAAAUGGGAGUAUUAAGGCUGUAAUUAAACAUGUUAUGCACUCAGAUGACGAUGACUCGGAGCCUGACUUAGGAAGUCCGCUGGUGAUCCAGGAGAGCCCAGAAUCUGUAAUAUCCUCCCCUCCCAAAUUUAAAUACAGAGCAAAAAUACAGUCUGAACUUCUUGCGUCUCCUGAAUCCCAUCCCUGUCUUGUCUCUCAUCGUCCUCUGCCUUCUCUGGCACCUGCAAAACCUAAACCCAAACUUGAGGAGCAAGGGCAACCUACCACCCUCAGUUGUGCCUCCACAGCUCCUCAACCACAGAGCCUCCAGGACUGCCUCCCCUCUCUCAGCGCGGGCUCUACAUCAGUCCAAGAGGAGAAAUACCCAGAGCAUGUGAUUGAUGAAAGGGACUCACCUGAGAGCCCACCGCCCAGUGAGACAGGUUUUGUAAUCCCCAAGAGAUGCAGAAGUCCUGAUACGGCCCAAGCAACGGCAAACCACAAGGACUUAGGUCGCGAAGAGGAGCUCAUGGAAGGUGAGCCCAAAGAAGAGGACAGGCCAGGUGACCCUGAGGAGCUGAGUGAAAAGGUGGCUGGAGAUGGGGAAAAUUCAAACGAGGAGAGCUGUGGUGCUGGCACUGAGGAUCCUGGGUCUGCUAGCGCUGCAGACACAUUUUCAUCUCAAUUGCGUCCCCUCAAAGUUAAAAUCAAAAUGCCUACAGGUAGCGUCACAAGGACUGUGACGGGUGUUGCCCCUAAAAAAAGAGCCAUUCCCAAGGGGGCGAAUAGUUCAAAACCUUCACCAGAACGUCGCAACACAAGAUCCAAGAGGGAGUUAUCACAGCAAUCUCAGUUGCCUGCAAUGGUGAUGCUCCAGGAUGCCUGUGCCGCAACGCUGGAAGGUGCCAGUACGGUCAAAGACAAAACCGCAGUGGACACCAAGUCUAAAGUUUCCCCGACAGCUGUUAGCAUCACCAAAACUGCAGCACUGCCCACCAUCUCUGUCUCCACUCUGAGAGUCAGUCCGGGUGGGAUCAACCCUCGCAGCCUGGGUCAUAAAGCUCUGAACAGUGGGAUGACACUUCCGUCACCUUUGCUUACGCCUCAUGGUAGCAGCAGACCAGCCUCCAUAGUUAACAGCACCGGGGCGAUCAUAUCCAAGACUCAGACCAACCUGGUGGAAGCUUUCAACAAGAUCCUCAACAACAAGAACCUCCUGCCCAGUUAUAAACCAGACCUGAGCUCACCUCUUCCUGCAGAGUGGGGCCUUCCUCUACCUGCACAGGGCUACCGCUGUUUGGAGUGCGGCGAUGCUUUUGCGUUGAAGCAGAGCUUGGCGCGGCACUACGAUCGCCGCUCGCUGAGGAUCGAGGUGACCUGUAAUCACUGCGCCAAGCGGUUAGCCUUCUACAACAAGUGCAGCCUGCUGUUACACGCCAGAGAACACAAGGAGAGAGGCCUGAUCAUGCAGUGUUCACACCUGAUCAUGAAACCUGUUCCGAUGGAGCAGAUGAUUGGCCACCAGGAACCCAAGGCAACUGGACCAUCAUCGGCCACCCCAGCACCGAUGCCAAAUCAAGCAGUGUCCAAGAAGAAAGCCGACACAGUGCAGUACAUCAGUAAUACAUGUUCUGAGUGUCAGGCUCAGUUCCACAGCAAAGAAGAAGUGGCCGCGCAUUUCCAAGAAAUCCAACCAGCACAAACCUCUUCAUGCACAGAGUGUUCUCCUCCCAUGCUUCUGCCCAACAGCUGCAGUGCAGCAGCUCAUCAACGCAUCCACCAAGGCUGUCCUCCACACGUCUGCCCAGAGUGUGGGGGCACGGCCAAGCAGCCGCUAUUUCAAACGCACCUUAACGAGACCUGCUUACACUUUGCACGACGCAUUGGAUACAGAUGUUCCAGUUGCCUGGUAGUCUUUGGGGGGCUUAACUCGGUGAAGGCUCACAUUCAACAGGCUCAUUGUGAUAUGUUCCACAAGUGCCCUAACUGUCCUAUGGCUUUUAAAUCUGCUCCCAGCAUACAGAACCACAUCAGUGCCCAACAUCCAACGCUCACUGAAGGACAGACCAUGUCAAUAUAUAAAUGUGUCAUGUGUGACACAGUUUUUACAAACAAGUCUCUGCUGCACGUCCACUUUGACACUCAUCUAACCAAUCAAAAGGUGCAUGUGUUUAAAUGCCCUGAGUGCACCAAGUUGUUUUCUCAGAGGAAUUCCCUUUUGGAUCAUUUCAAGACACAUAAGACUCCCUCGUUGAAACAAGAGUUGCCGUCACCUCCAGCUGCUUCCUCUCAUUCACGGCCUUCAGUGAAGUUGGAGAGCUCAGAUGGAGAGGAGUGGCUGGAUGAAGAGAAGGUGAAGACGGAGAGGAUGAAGACCCCCUCCGGAUGGAAGUGUGCACCUUGCCAUGCACGCUACACAGACCGGGAAGACUACAUUACCCAUAUGGCUGAGCAACAUAGCAAGAAUCUGAAGAAGUUUCCUUGCAACAAGUGUGAGAGCUCCUUCACCACCACCUCCAGUAUGAGACGUCACAUCAGAGACAAACACAAAGUCAUGAACCGCUUCCGCUGCGAGUUCUGCAGUGAGGGUAAGAAAACAUUCAGCAGCAGAGCAAUGUUGGAGAAACAUGUUCAGCAAAGACACAGCAUGGACCCAGGGAGCCAGAACACACCGAUAGGAGGCAGAGAUGAGGCCGACAGUUCCUCAGAACAGGACGGUAGUUUGGGGUCUUGCCGGAGACGGAAAGUUGCUGUGAGGAUGGAGCAGGAAGAAGAGUCCACUGAUGGAGUGAGUCCAGUGAAGAAGUUGCGGACCUACUCCUCUGCCCCCUUCGAGUCUGGGUUCCGCUGCUCCCCCUGUGGCUUCACCACAGAGGACCAGGCAUUGUUCCUGGAGCAUAUCGGCCAGCACCGACGAGGAGGGACAGAGGGCGGCAACGGCGGUCAGCAGUGUCUACAGUGUGGCGCCUGCUUCACAUCCACCUCUGCCCUGUCACGCCAUCGCUUCAUCACCCACAAAGUGAGAGACGCAUCCACUGAUAACCAGCAAUCCAUCAGCAUGCACCCAGCACCUUCCCCUGGUACCAACAGGAACCACGAGUAUAAGAGUUCUCUGGACGGUUCGGCACCAGCAUCACCCGCCUCUCAAUCCUCCAUGGCUCAGGGGAGGGAAGAGGAGGGCACACUGGCCUGCAGGGUGUGUGACAAACAAUUCGAAAAGGCAACAGAUCUGACUACACACUUCAGAACUCACGGUAUGGCUUUUAUCAAUGCAAGGAACGCCGGCAAAAAUCCCUAAAUACAUGGCUAAGAGCACUGUCUGUUGGUGAUGACAGAAUAUUUACACGUGCCUUUAUAUACUGUCGACUUGUUAUCAAAGAGUGGGUUAGCAGUCUUUUGCAAGAAUUAAACCAAAGAGAGGUGAUAUAACAGAGUUCCCAUGUGAAUAGAUUGUUUUACAAUCGGAUGUGAUUUUUACUGGUGAGGAUGAGAUUAACCUUUUACUUGACACUCAGGAUCUGAUGCUACAUUUCUGUGGUCAGUAGUGAUGACUAACAGGAUUAGAGCUGCUUCUUUGUCGGUGAACAGCUAGUCUGACUAGUCGCUGUGAGCCUACUGUGAUGAUGAUGGAUGUUUCAUUAAAUGUUGAUAGUCAGUGAUGGAAUGUGUCUGUUUUGAUUUCUAUAUUUUCAUCUUACUGAGAAGUAUGAACAGCAACCCAGGUAUUUUUCUGCAAAGUCCUUUUUAUUAUUUUUUAUUACAUAUUCUUAAAUAAGCAUUGCAGCAGUUUAGAAUGUUAACUCGGUUACCUUUUAAAUAUGUAUACUUUUUUUAUUGCCAUUUUCAGAAACGUACAAUAACAAUGUAUAUUGAUUGCCACCUCCAAAAGCAAUCAUUGACUUCUAUACAAAUGUGAAAUUUGGUCCUAAAAAGACUAAUUUUGGACCCACUUCAUUUGUCUAACUGAGAUUGCUGAAACUAAAUUUCUGAAUAUAUUUCUUCACAGAAUGAUCCCAGAAUUUACCCCCAUAGUUCAUCAUAUUGUGAAGGAAUGUCUUCACUGCCAGAAUUACAGUGACCAAUAACAAUUAAAUUUUCAACUUUGCUUUGGGCAAUGGUCAGCAAAAACCUGAAGUGUAAACAAUUUGUUGUUAAUGGAGAAAACUGAAUGAAUGUUAAUGUAUGAACAUUAGAUUAAGUGAGUUAUUCCUUCUCUGUGAUGCGUUUUCUAAAUGUUUUAUGAGACAAAAGAUCAGUAUGUAUGCGAUAAUGUCUGUUCCUUGUGCUUUUCUGAUGUUUUGAAGAACAUGUUGAACUCUGUACUUUAAAUUAGUUUUCAUGCUUUGCACUGUUAAAAAUCUGAUGUUGCAGCAUAGCUCAGUGACUGUCAGCAGGUUGUUCUUGAUGUGUAAACUUAGCUUCCAUAUCAACACAGAAAGAAAUCCGUUUAAUUUCAGAACUGUUAAACUAAAUUGUUGCUUGAUACAAAGAGAUCUGAGAGGAUAUGUUAAUAGAGGGAUGUGUUUUGAUUCAGUGGCACUUUUUUUCUUGCUGUUCAUGUCCACAGGAUCAAUUGACUGAGCCUAUGCAUCCCCGUCUGAGUUUUAGUUUUUAAGAACUUUUGUCAUCAGUGACCUGUUUGUGCUCACUUUCUCAGGAGGUUAUCCAAUGCUUGAACACUCGUUGUUCUAUUUAACUUUUCUGUUCUUGCAUUGAAAAGACGAUUUAUAUCCAAAGUUUUAAAAAAAAAUAAAAAAUAAUAAAAAACUGGCACAU